AUCGAUGGCUAGAAAACCAUCAAGGGGUCCAUCAACGCGAUUCGAUUAAUAAGAAUAACAAAUUUAAACAGGCUUCGAGACUACGGCUCCAGGGGUUUCUAUGAAAUUUUCUCAAUUUAGACCGCAUAAUUUCCAUACACAAUUGCUUUUAAGCAAGACGGCAGUAUUAGGGAUUUGACGCCAUCGAUAGUUUGCGACGACCUCCAAUAAAAAUGCAGAACUUGAAGAUUCAAGAGGAAAUCAAGGCUUUGAAGGGCCUUGGCCAGCACCUCGAAGAGCAAUUGAAGCUGGCGAGCGUCGAGUUGGGCGACUUCGCAGAUGAAGAUCUAGCACUUCUUGAUAAAUGCGCGGAUUACUAUGCCCUUUCCCACAUCCACGACUUCAAUCUGAACUUCAUGCGCGACUUUUACUGUGCCAAAAAGAGAGACUGCAUCGAAAACAGGCAGAUCAAAGUGCAACAACGCAUAGAGCUGCAGCGCAUUAAGUCUGCCACCGAAGAGGCAACUAGGGACGUAGCCAUCUUGGAACGGUUUAUGUCUACAGCGGAAGAGCGACUGAUUCCAGACAGUGUAGUCUUGCAGCGUAACAGCCAACAUCUUGCCACCAAACAGGCAUUGUUGGACAGACAAAAAACCCUCAAGAUACCAAAGGAUUUCAACAUUGAAAGCGUCAUUGAGAAGGUGGAUUCGCUCGAGCAACGCUAGUGAAUGUGGGUGUCGACUUGUUUUUUAAAAAAUUAUUUAAUUGUAUUUACUCAGUAAUGCAAAAACACUUUACAAUAACAUAAAAUCUGCAAA